AGAGGAAGUAAUCGGCAACCGCUAUUAAUCAAAGUUAGAGAAACCGUUGUCGUUCUAUUGGCAAAUUAAAUAUGAAAAAGAAAACGGUACUCGGAGAGGACACAGAUGAGAUGACUGCGCCAGACUCAUGCCACGACAAGGAGAAGGAAAACGGGGACCAUGCCAAAGCUAAACGUAGUAAACCCGAGGAGCAUGGUGGGGAGGACAUGGUCUUUCGUCCCGUGAAAAUGUCCCGACGUGAUCUGUACAGACCCCCUACAGCAGAGGAGCUAAGCCAGUUGAAAGAGGCGGAAAACCUUUUCCAUUGUAGCCUGCUCAAAAUGCAGAUGGAAGAGUUGCUAAAAGAAGUGACCCUGAAGGAACAUAGGAAAAAACAAAUCGAUAUCUUCAUUCAGACGAUCACUGAGCUGCUUCAAACAGUUCCACAUUCCCCGGAGGUUGAGCUGAGUGAUCUGUCCUGGCUGUCUGGUACAGUAAAAGUUCCUUUUCUCCUGGUACCCAAGGCAUCCAAGGGCAAAUUCCACAUGGCUCCUCCCGCUUCUGUCAAUUUAAUAGGCAGCUACCCUCUGGGCACAUGCACAAAACCACGUUUCUCUGUGGACCUGGCUGUCACAAUCCCUGCUGAUAUCCUCCACCACAAGGAUGCUCUGAACCAGAGGUAUCCCAGGAAAAGGGCUCUUUACCUGGCAGGUCUGGCUCAGCAUAUGCGCACCUCCCCUGAAAUUGGAUCUAUGCGAUACUCCUGUCUCCAUGGGAACCGUCUUCAGCCCCUUCUACUUUUGACUCCUCCAGGUAAACACUCUUCCAGCUUCACUGUGCGUAUCCAUGCCUGUCCUCCCCCUGGAUUCUUUAAGCCCAUCCGCUUCCACCCCCAGAAGAAUAACGUCAGGACAGAGUGGUACAUCGACUCGAAGACCUCUCUAACCGAACACAGUGAACCUCCAACCCCCCAUUACAACAGCUCUGUUCUCGGGGACCUGCUGUCUAGGGCUCACCUACAGUUUCUUACUGCUGUCAGCUCCCAGUGCCCAGCCUUUGCUGAUGGAGUGGCCUUACUCAAAGUAUGGCUCAGACAAAGAGAGCUUGACCAGGGUGCAGGCUGUUUUAAUGGCUUCCUAGGUUCAAUGCUGUUGGCCUACCUUCUGACCAAUCGCAGAGUUAGUAACACAAUGACAGCUUAUCAGCUGCUUCGAAACAGCCUGCAUUUCUUGUCUUCCACGGACCUGACAGAAAAUGGAAUUACUCUCGCAAAAGAUGCAGACUCAACAGCUCCAUCUCUUGCAGAGUUUCAGAAUGCUUUCCAGGUCGUGUUUGUUGACCCCUCUGGACACCUAAACUUGUGCGCUGACAUGACAGCCUGUAUUUACAAACAGGUGCAGCACGAAGCAUCUCUGUCAAUGCAGUUCUGGGAUGACCCCACAGUGGAUGGGUUCCAUGCUCUCCUCAUGACCCCCAAACCCAUGAUAAGGACAAGUGACCAUGUUUUCCAGUUAUGUGGGCUGGUCAAGCUUCAGUCCAGCUGUAAGAAACUGAAACUCCUUAGCGAGCUGAUGGACCACAGUGGAAACUACAUCCACACCGCGCUCCCCUUUAUUCUGUCGCUCCUUCAGCAGGGACUGGGGCAAAGGGUUCAUCUCCUCACCCACUCCCUAUCUCCUGACCCUGAGUGGUCAGUGGAGAGUGAAGCCCCAAAGCACAAAGAUCAGCCUCCACUCUCCUUCGGUCUGAUCUUAAGACCAGAACUGGCAUCCUCUGUCCUGGAGAGAGGCCCACCUGCAGACAGCCCCAAGGCAGCCGAGUUUCGGCAGCUGUGGGGCUCUCGCUCAGAGCUGCGGCGAUUCCAAGAUGGAGCCAUCACUGAGGCCGUCCUAUGGACGGGAGAGAGCGCCUAUCAAAAAAGGCUGGUCCCUCAACAGAUAAUCACCCACUUACUAAAGCUGCAUGCAGAUAUCCCCGAACAAUGUGUGAGAUACGUUGGGGCUAUGGUGGAUGACGUCAUCACAGUGGGACGUGCGGUCCUGAGUACUGGAGAGGAGGAGAGUUUGAAAGUGGUUCAGUCUUAUGAUGACCUGAGUAGGAAACUGUGGGGACUGGAGGGUCUUCCUCUGACGAUAACCUCUGUGCAAGGAGCCCACCCAGCCCUGAGAUACACACAGGUCUUUCCCCCUGUACCACUGAAGUUGGACUACUCAUUUUUUGACAGAGAAAAGAUUGCCCGAUCCUUGGUGCCGAAGGAGGAUAAACCAUGCCCUGCCUAUAUCACCCCCAUCACAGUGAUCUGUCACAUGGAGGGCAGUGGAAAGUGGCCUAACGACCGCCUCGCCAUCCGCCACAUCAAAGCUGCCUUCCACAUCAACCUUGGACAAUUACUCAACAAGCACCAUCACUACACCGUCAAGCCAUGUCCCACGCACCUGGAUGUCUGGAAGGAUGGUUUGGCUUUCCGUAUCCAGGUAGCAUACCACCGUGAGCCCCAAGUGCUGAGGGAGAGUGUGAAUGCACAGGGGCUGCUGGUGCUCAGGGACAAUGAGGAAGCUCAGGCUCUGGAGAUGGCCACAAUACACAGGCCUCUACUAACCAGCACUCUACAUGGGCUCCAGCAGCAGCACUCAUGUUUCGGAGCCGUGUGUCGCUUGGCCAAACGUUGGCUCGGGGCCCAGCUCUUCAGUGACGACAUCACAGACGACACAACAGACCUUAUGGUGGCGUCGCUCUUCCUGCAGCCGGCACCGUUCACUCCUCCCUGUUCUCCUCAGGUGGGCUUCCUCCGCUUCCUCCAUCUGCUCUCCUCCUUUGAUUGGAGGAACAACCCCCUGGUAGUCAACCUCAACAACCAGCUCACAGCGGCCGACUACACAGAAAUCAAGAAUGACUUCCUGGCCUCCCGAGAGUCUCUGCCUGUCAUGUUUAUAGCAACGCCCAAAGACAAGAAGCUGUCUCUGUGGACCAAGAGAGCACCUAGCAUACAGAUGCUGCAGCGUGUGGUGAUGGUGGCAGCAGAGAGUCUCAAGGUCCUGGAACUUCAGCUGAUGGAUGACGGCCAGAUACAGGAUGUCAGGGUGGCCAUACGACCUCCGCUGGACGCCUAUGAUGUGUUGAUCCACCUGAAUCCCAAGCAGGUUCCCCUGCUCAGCCAGGCGGUAGACCCUCCUCCAGUCACUUUCAACAGGGGCACCAUGACUGGCAGUGUGGCCCACUCUGGAGGGGCACUGCCCGUGAUUGACUACAACCCUGUAUCACAUUACCUAACAGAGCUUCGGGAAUCAUUUGGAGACCUUGCCCUUUUCUUCUGUGAUCCAUAUGGUGGAACAGUGAUUUCAGUUUUGUGGAAGCCAAAGGCCUUCAGUCCAGUUCCCUUCAAGACAUCACAGAUGUCCGCUCGGUGUGUGAAGGUGACCGGGGACACGGUUCAUACUGUUCCAAACAUAGAGGCUAUUCUGGAGGACUUUCAGAUCAUGGGGAAGGGCCUGGUUAAAUCAGUGGAGGCAAGGACAGAGAGAUGGGCAGUCUAGACAACACACACCAAUGGCAGAAACAGUCUAAUGUAUGGUCCAUACAUGUGGUCUGGAUUGUGGACAUUUGUACCAAGGAUAGUAUAACAGAAUCACUAUUUUCCUCUAUUGAAACAAUAAAAAAUACACUUAAACGUUUUGUAUUAGUUUAGGAACUUGUUGUGGACUAGCCUUGGAUUUUUUUUUAUUUCUAUUUUUCUUUGGGGAACAGUGCCAUUUCUAAUAAAUGCACACUUGA